AUGCCCCGCUACGUCACGAUCCAAGGCCCGGUACAUGGCCCGCGAAGCGGCCGCUGCGAGUACCGCGUCGGCGACCACGUCGAGAUUGCCGGGCGCAAGGGUGAGAGCGCGGUCAUCUACGUGGCCGAGAUCAUCGGCCUCCAUGCCGACGGCUUCACGGGCAAGUACUACUACUUCCCGUCCGACUUGGACGAGAAGACAAUGGCGCAGUUCCCGACGCACCCGGGCAACCAUAUAUCGUCGGCGCGGGACACGGACAUUGUCGACCUCAAGACAGAAGACAACGAGAUCUUUGCCUCGCCGUUCUCAGGCGACGCGCCGAUGGCCGCGAUUCUGCAGCGCUGCUACGUCGUGCAGAGCAUGCCAUUGCGCCAGUUCAAGGACGAGCCGCUGCACACGUACUUGUGCCGCUAUGCGUACGCACCGUCGGCGUUUCCGUCGCCGUUUGUCAAGAUCGAUGCGGACGACGCCGAGCCCGUCAACUGCCGCCUCGGGCCCAACCACCAGGCCGACAUUCCACCGUUCGAGCCCAAGCCGCCGCUGGAUGCGAAGCCGUCGCUGAACCGCCGAUGGGUGCCCAAGCUUGCGCGGCGCCAGGUCAAGACGUACCUCGCGGUCGCGCACGUCCUCCAGCUCGCGAUUGGCAACAUUGCGUAUGCGUGGAACCCGAAAUCCAAGGAGCAGAUUCCGGUCGUGCUCCGCGAGUACCUCCCAAUCGACGGCCAAUUCCGCGUGACGUUCAUCGACGGCACGGGCGGCGCGAGCCUCGUGGACGGCGACAUGGUGCGCGGCCUCGUCGCGCCGGACGAGGUGCUCUUUGCGCUCCACGACGCCGACUAUGACGCCACGAGCGCGCUCCAAACCGUGGCCACGUGGAUUAGCAAGCGGUCGGUCGACAUGGUCAAGGACAUGGCUGAGGACUCCGAGUCGGGCGAGUCCGACUCGUCCGCGACGUCGCCGCGCCAGCACACGGAGCGACAGACGACGCUGUUCAAGCAGCGGCUAGCAAAGCAGCGCCAACAAGCACCGCCGCCGACCAAGCGUCAGCGAAAAGUAGAUCAGUAACACGAACGAGACGACGAGGAA